ACAGUGGCAGCUCCAGACUUAUUGGACCCUAAAUCUGCCACUCACAACACCAAGCCCCGCCUCUCCUUCUCCACAAAGCCAAUCACACUGACUCCCCGGGAGGAGAGUGAGGUGGUUUCCACAGUCAUGAAAUGGAAGACGGUGACAGCCAUCUUUCUUUUGGUGGUUCUGUAUCUGGUGAUGGGAGCAGCCAUCUUCAGAUCUCUGGAGCAGCCUCACGAGAGUGCCCAGCGUUUGGCCAUCCUGUCCCAGAAGCUGGAGUUCCUGUCCAGCCACUCCUGUGUGAACCAGAGCCAGCUGGAGGAGCUGGUGAAGAAAGUUGUGUCUGCAAUCCGUUCAGGAGUCAACCCUGCAGGAGUCCUGACCAACCACAGCAGCCUAUGGGACCUGAACUCUGCCUUCUUCUUUGCUGGGACUGUCAUUACAACAAUUGGUUUUGGGAACAUUUCUCCUCACACAGAGGGUGGAAGAAUAUUCUGCAUUGUCUAUGCGUUACUAGGGAUCCCUCUGUUCGGCUUUCUUUUGGCUGGUGUAGGAGAUCAGCUCGGCACCAUAUUCGGCAAGGGCAUUGCCAGAGUGGAGAAAAUGUUUGUGCACUGGGACAUCAGUCAGACAAAAAUCCGGGUUAUCUCCACGCUGCUGUUUGUGUUGUUCGGCUGCCUGCUGUUUGUGGCGCUGCCAGCAGCCAUCUUUAAAUACAUCGAGGGUUGGUCUGCGCUGGAGUCCCUGUACUUUGUGGUCAUCACACUGACAACCAUUGGAUUUGGGGACUUUGUGGCAGGUGGCUCGGACAUAGAGUACUUAGAUUAUUAUAAACCAGUUGUAUGGUUCUGGAUUCUGGUGGGACUGGCCUACUUUGCUGCCAUCCUCAGCAUGAUAGGAGACUGGCUCAGGGUCAUCUCCAAGAAGACGAAAGAAGAGGUCGGAGAGAUCCGGGCUCAUGCUGCAGAGUGGACGGCUAACGUCUCGGCAGAGUUCAAAGAAACCCGUCGUCGUGUCAGCGUCGACAUCUACGACAAGUUCCAGCGCGCAGCCUCAAUUAAACGCAAACUGUCCACUGACCUGGGAUUUAGCCCCACCCCUGAACUCAAUCUGCCAAAGAGGACUGUGUCUGUCAAUUUCAACGACGAACGGGACAAGAAGGAGAAGGAGGCCGGGCUGCAGGGCCUGACCACGCCUCUGGCCAGAAACGGGGGUUCCUUCAUGAACGGUUUUGACCCAGAAAGAGGCGAUGGCUCAACCAUCGAACACUUCAAGUAG